CACCAGGAGGCGAAAUCGACGCGAGAGAAAGACUCGUGGGCGCGACGUGCGAUCGUACCGAGCGCGAUAUAUCGGUGGCCAAAGGGACAGUCCUCGCGGGGUAGAAUCAGGGGGUGGCCGGAAGGAGGGAGCGAUACAAGUGUGUGACAACCGAGUGGACCCUCGAGUGGCGAACGACCUCCCCGCUUGUUUUUCGCGGAUCUCGGCUGUGGCGCGGGCGAAGAUGAAUCUGUCGGUCGGCGCGCCGAUACUGUGCGUCCUGCUCGCGGUCCUGCUGUCGGAAACGGCGCACGCCAGGCCUUCUCGCGACUGGCUUCUGAGUCGGCAGAAACGCCUUUCCGACCAGAGACUUGCCGAGCUCGAGACGCUGUUGGCGCUGCAAAAUGUGAAGGGCGUUGUUGUUCCCGUGGGAUUCGGAAAAGUAAACCCAGCUGUCUUAGGCCGUAAACGGAGAUCCAUCUCGGAGGACAAUCUUCGAAAAUUGCAUCAUCUCCUGCUGCUCAUUGCCCGAGACGCAGAGUCAACGGCGGACCAGUCCGAUCAGAUUCGUCCUUUACCGUGGAAGGAGGAUCCGCGGCAGGAACAAAGGGACUAUCAGUUGAUUUAAUUCGGAGGCUCGGAGUCGCUCGAGAAUGAGGCGAAAGUCAGGAAAGAGAGGCGGAAGAGAGACAACGGGGAGAAACGAGCGUGCGAGAGAGAGAGAGAGAGAGAGAGAGGGAGAGGAAGGAGGAAGUAGGACAAUUAAAAAGAUACACACAUGCUCACACGCAGCAACACACACGCGCGCGCGCGCGCGCGCGAAACAAGCACACACGCAUAUUUAAUUUGAUCUCUCAGCCGUGAUCCGUCGACGACUACGGACUAGCCUCCGUCCGAGCUUCCAGUUUCUUUAUGAACUCUUACGCCUUAAGGGAAUCCUAAAGCCAUCUGUUUUACCGACAUUCUUUGUUACAAGUAAUCUUUUAAUUGGCUUUAUAGAAAUGCAAAACU